GGCCACCGAGAGCGCGCAGCAGCGGCGGCGGCGACCCUUCCGCGCUACCGGCUAGGCCUCCCGUGCCCCGCGCCCCGCGCGUCCAGGCUCGCCGCGCUCCGAUCCCUGGGCCCACCGGCCGCCAGCGCCUGCCAGGCCGCCCUCCCAACCCAGGCUCUCCCGGCCCCGCACUCCGGCCCGCUCUCCGCUCAGGCCCCGGCCCGCAGGCCGCCCGCGCCGCCAUGGGGGUGGAGGGCUGCACCAAGUGCAUCAAGUACCUGCUGUUCGUCUUCAAUUUCGUCUUCUGGCUGGCUGGUGGCGUGAUCCUUGGCGUGGCCCUGUGGCUUCGCCACGACCCGCAGACCACCAACCUUCUCUACCUGGAGCUGGGGGACCGGCCAGCACCCAACACCUUCUAUGUGGGCAUCUACAUCCUGAUCGCCGUGGGCGCCGUGAUGAUGUUUGUCGGGUUUCUGGGCUGCUAUGGGGCCAUCCAGGAGUCACAGUGCCUGCUGGGAACGUUCUUCACCUGCCUCGUCAUCCUGUUUGCCUGUGAGGUGGCCGCCGGCAUCUGGGGCUUCGUCAACAAGGACCAGAUCGCCAAGGAUGUGAAGCAGUUCUACGACCAGGCCCUGCAGCAGGCCGUCAUGGACGACGAAGCAAACAAUGCCAAGGCCGUGGUGAAGACCUUCCACGAGACGCUCAACUGCUGCGGCUCCAAUGCUCUGACGGCGCUCACCACGUCCGUGUUGAAGAACAACCUGUGCCCCUCAGGCAGCAACAUCAUUAGCAACUUGUUCAAGGAGGACUGCCACCAGAAGAUCGACGAACUCUUCUCGGGGAAGCUGUACCUCAUCGGCAUCGCGGCCAUCGUGGUGGCCGUGAUCAUGAUCUUCGAGAUGAUUCUGAGCAUGGUGCUGUGCUGCGGCAUCCGGAACAGCUCGGUGUACUGAGGCUCCGCGCGCCGCCGCCCGUGUACAUAGCGCCUGGG